AUGGCAUGCUCAAAUCAAACUAAAUUAGGAAGAAUCAUGAAGAUAAUUCUCACAUUGCUAAUCAUCUCGAUGCAAUUUCAAAUAGCAAUAAGUAAACCAACAAGCAGUCUUUCGGAAAUAAAUUUCGAGGAUCCUCAAAAAACACAUAAAAAUACAGAAGUUUUGAAAGAGGACAGCUUCAAUUUACUGAAGAAUGAGCCAAAAAACCAAAAUAUUAAUGAAAAUGAUAUAUUAAUAACGAAUAAUUCAAAAAGCAAAAGUACUUACUCUAAUGAGAGACACAAAAGAUCGAGCAAUAAUCCAUUCUCUAUGUCGCCCAUCAAAAUAAAUAAGGAAGAUAAGCCAAAGAAGGAUGGAAACCUAUUGAACAAUAUCAAAAACGACAUUUCAUCAAUUUUCACCUCUACCAAAGAGAAGAAAACCAACAAGACAGGGGAAAUGAAAAUUUCGCAUAAAAACGAUACAUCAACCAACAAUGUUGUUGCAGCUCAACUGAACAGCACAAUAAAAGAAAACACCCAAUCUACAACCAAAUCAGCCAAUUCCACAUCUGAAAACAACCUUAAUAUAUCGAUGAACAUUAAACACGAAGAAUAUUUCAAUAAAUCCUCCGCCUCUUCUAAUAACAAUACAUCACCUAACAAUUUAAACCUGAAUUUGAAUGAUACAAAAACAAAUUUGAAUUCCCAAUUAAACGUUUCGUCUCAGAACUGGACGCAACCUACUUUGAAAAGUGGAAACACGAAACUUGUAUCAGAAAUAAGUAAUAAUAAAACAACAAAUCCUCAGCCAAAUGAAUAUGCGCCCAACAAAAACCAGAAUGAAACUUUCGAAAAGGAUAAGUCAUUGGUAAAUAAAACACACUUGGAACUGCCAAUGACCAAUAAGAGUCAACAACAUGUUGACAUAAUUCAGUCAAAGAACAAAACCAACAAUAACAAUCAAACAAACUUUUCUACUGAACAUAAUGGCAAAUCAAUUCCACAUUUAAAACUGAAUGAAUCGAAUGUUGAAGGAUUUAUAAAUAAUGGAAAUCAUUCGGAGAAAUCAAUCACAAAUUCUCAUAAUCGAAACCAAACUUUCAAAUUGAAUAAUACAUCUUCUGAAGUCAACAGGUCCCUUACCUUGAAAAAUUUUGGCGAAUUUCAAAGGAACAAUAACAAUUCUUUCAAAGGAAAUGGUAGUUCGAACGGCAUUUCUGAUAUUGCUCAUAAUCUUCUGAAAAAUGCUCUUGAAGAAAACAAAACUAUAUCACAACAAAAUAAACUCGACGAUGGUGAGAAAGAAUCAAUAAAAACGAAAAAUUAUACUGGUGCACCUAUGCAAAACACAUCGUUCAAUGCACCUAGCGCAGGACAUCUUGAAACAUUAGAUCUAAAUUCCUCCUCUCAUUCACCAACCAAUAUUGGUCUUCGCAAUAAUUUCAAUACCUCUGAAGAGACACCAUUAUCCACGAAGUCUGACAUCGGUUCAGUUGGAAAGAAUCAGUCAAAUACAAGCCUCUUCCAAAAAUCUUCCACUUCGGGCAAUCAAACUCGUGACACUCAAAUUCCACCUGUGAAAUAUCCACAAAAUUCGACUGCUAAUUCCCAUGAUACUCCAACUUCCGAAGGAAAACUAAGUUCUACUCCUUCUGCAAGUGCCAUCUCCUCAAAACCCAACCACUCAAACGGACUGCUUCCUACAGGAACUGUAUCUUCGUUAACAAAGAAUUCUACUUCCACUUCAAAUGGGGAUGCAAAAUUGGCAUUGAACCCUCAGCUUAAUAUUUCUAGUCCACUUGUCCUGGCAAACCCACAAAUAGAUCACAUUAAUCAUCCGAUAACUCCUUCUGAAGUAGCUGGUAAAGUUCCAUCCACAACUGGAGAAUUCACCGGAAGCAACAGAACCCUAUCCCUCACAAAUUCUUCGCCCACAAAAGCUUCUGUUGGAAUCAACAACGAUAUUUCAUCGGUCCUAUCACUGAACAAUAAACCUAAAGGUAUCCCAUCUUCUCCAGUUCACACAAACCACCAAAUUAAUACUACCAACCCUCUUAUUAAGCCUCAUGAUAAGGCUGAUGGUGAAGUAUUACCCCCAAGAGCUGAAGUUUCCUUAAAAAGUGUUCAGGAUGAAUCUACACCAGUCAACCGAGCCAAUUCCACAUCGAAGAAAAAAUUGAUCCCACAACCAAGUUCCUCCCCAGCGACUUCAAAAAACAUGUCUAAAGUUGAACUGGUCGAGGGCUCUACUCUUACAGCCGCACCAUCUCAUGAUUUGAAUGACAAAACUAUCAAUUUUCCUUCGAACAACUCCCACACGAACCCCCAAAUCAAUACUACCAACCCUCUUAUUACACCUCAUGAUAAGGCUGAUGGUGAAGUAUUACCUCCAACAGCUGCAGGUUCCUCAAAUAGUGUUCAGAGUGAAUCUACACCAGUCAACCGAGCCAACUCCACAUCGAAGAAAAAAUUGAUCCCACAACCAAGUUCCUCCCCAGUGACUUCAAAAAACAUGUCUAAGGUGGAACUGGUCGAGGGCUCUACUCUUACAGCCGCACCAUCUCAUGAUUUGAAUGACAAAACUAUCAAUUUUCCUUCGAAGAACUUCCCUGUAAGCUCUGCCUCUAAUGACACUUCUACCAUAACAACCCCAUCGGGGUCAAUGACGGAAAAAUACCCCAAUGGAGUAGUCAACUCCACGGUCAAAUCAAAUAGUUUGGAAAGCCUGAGAAAUUCAAGCAACCCCCAAGGUACAACCGUGAAUAAAAAAGAAGGAACUGUAGAUGUAUCAACUCAAGGGAACAAGAAUAACUUACCUAACCACAAGAGCAACGAGUCUUUUACUACUACCUCUAACAACACUGCCUCCAGAAACAACCAAUCUACUUCAGGUAUGGGAAAUCUUAACAACACCCAACGUCCAAUAGCCAACAAAGUUAUCGCUCAAAAUACAACACACAAAUCCGAAAAAGGAAACAAAAAUGAUGUUAAUGGUAUUCCUGCCAAUAUAACUGGUACGGAGAGUUUAUCUGAAGGAUACACUGGUACACAAAACGCUCCAACACCGUCCAAUAUUCUGUUCCUAAACCAGACGAACAGCCUUCCGAAGGCAGAGAACCAACUUGGGAACGGUUUCGACCCAUUCAAAGGAUUGCUGGGUAAAAAUGAUGGAUCAGAGGCUGGCAAAGGCUCGUCCAAUAAGGAGGGAGAUCUUUCCAACAUCCCUUACACCAACGAUGUCUCUGAGGAAGAUGAUGAAAUUCCAUAUACGAAUAAAGUGAAUUCUGAAGACAAAAUUAAAGGCUCUGAUGAUGAUAUUGUUGUUAUGACAGAGUCAACCGUUAGCAGUUCUGGGACAGACUCCACCAACAAGGUUGAAACUACAGAAAAACCUCGCGAAGUAUUUCCAGUUGAUGGAACAAGUAGAAAAUCUUCCAAAACAACAGCAUCGCCGCUACCAAAAGAUGGAAAAUCGACGCCAACAUCUGCCAUCAUUGAUGAGACCCCUUUUCUCAUCAAUCCCAAAAAAACAACAACAAACCCGAAGGUAUUCGACGAAAAACCGUUCUUGAUAAACCCCGAAAAGAAUAAGGCAAAACCAGAAGUGAUAGAUGAGCAUCCUUUUUUGAUAAAUCCCAAAGAUCGCAAGCCUAUUAAACCUACUACGACCGCUACAACACCCCUAAAUAACCAAAUAAGUGAAACAACACCUGAUCUACAGAGCAAAACUGUGCGAACCACCUCCACAGAAAACAUCGAGAGCACCACGCCAACUCCAAUUGCACCCACUGCAAAUUCCACAGACGCAGACGACAAAAAAGAUUGUGAAAAUGGAAACACUUUGGGUGGUAUUUUAGGUUCUGCCCUACAUUAUGGAGCCCUCGGAGGAGCGGCUGGUGCUGUUGGCGCUAUGUUACCACAAAUCCUGAACAUGAUCAAGGACCUAUUCAAAAAAGACGGGGGAGAUGAUGGAAAUAAAAAAGACGAUGACAACAAAACGGGUGGUGAAGGAAAUCAAAGUGAAAAACAAGACACUGCAGAAGCCCAACCAGAAAAAACAGAGGAUAUGUUAGAAAAAGAACUAUCUGACGCCGAAGAUAAAGUUAUGGAUGAAAUAGACGAUAAAAUAGACAACAUAGAGGGAUCCGUCGUGGAUACAAUUAAAGGAAAGUUGACUGAAGUAGAAGACGGCGUUUUCGAAGACUUGAAACAACAAAUAUUGAACGGCGAAGGUACCAUGCUACAAAACGUACAAGCGGUUGUUGGGGGUGAAAACAAUGUCUUCAAAAAUGUCAAGGGCAGAUUGAUAGACGUCAAAGAUAGCCUUGUUGCCGAUGUCAAGACCUCAUUUAAAUCAGCAAUAGAAAAUGACGAAGAUCUGAGUAAGUUAACGAAACUAAUACAUAAGGAUUCGGUAAAGAUGACCAAAGUCGGAGAAAAUUGCGUGACCGAUAACUACAGGACAAACGUACAAAUGUUAUUUAUAAACGAAAAAGCUAGAACACGGCGAACGUCUUGGCCGCCUACAAGAAAUGAUUACUUAGGAAAAGUUGGCUCAGUGGAAAGCGUAGAUAAAAAACUAGGAAAGGCAGAACAAGAAACUGAUUCACCUGUGACUAAGGAUAGUAGCGGUGCAUCAAUAGAAGUAAAUAAAUUGGUAGUUGGCAACACUAGCAGAGAUGUGCCCGAAGUUGUGACGAAAACGGCAAAUGUUUUUGGUGCGUUCAAAAAAUUCAUGAAGAACUAAUUGAAUUUAACACAAACUUCUGAAAUAAGAUUGUUAUUUUAUGUGGAGAAUAAUUGUAUUUUAGGUCAAAAUAAAAUCUAAAAAAAAACAAUAGAAAAAA